AUGGCUCACAGAGCCCUCGUAGAGGGUUGUUCCGACCACAUCGUGCACAUUUCUCCCGCAGGAGUGUGUGCUGCCGUUCGAUCGCGUCGUGUGUCUCGGUGUGGGAUCUCUCCCGUACGGUACGCGGCCCCCGCCCCGCCUACGGGCGGCACCCGCCACGUUGCCGUUCCUCUAUCGAAUCGUGACCCCCCGUCCCCGUGUGUUGUUGUUCCUUGCUGUUGGUUACGGUACCUGCAGUUCUCCAUAUCCUACUCCGGUUCCCAUUCACUUGUCAGUUGUAUUUACUUAUUGGAUUGCAUAUUGUAUUGUGUAUCGCUCGGUUGUAUUGCACUGCCCCGUACAUACGUAUCUUCCGUAACCGCGAUCGACAUGCACGAGACGGACGAGUCCGUCCCGACGUCGACGCCGAGUGCGCUACUCGCGUCUCUCACGGGCGAAGGUGACGAAGCGACGUCGGACGAUUUGUUCGGCAGUGUCCCCGACGAAACGAAUACGGCGGCCCCCACGCCGCCACCGUUGGCCUCGUUGUGGCAGUCGGGAUUGUUGUCGACCGAUACGGACAACCCUAACGAUGACGACAAUCACGCCAAUGAUCUCUUUGCUUCCGUGGAUGCGGAACAGCGAGAACGAGAAGAACAGCAACGAAAGGAAGAGCAGCAACGAAGGAAGAGCAGAAGAGGAACAGCAACGACAAGAAGAGGAACAGAACAGCAGGAGCAACAACAACGACAAGAAAGUCAAAGGCUCCAGGACCAAAUGCAGUCGGUCAACUUGAACAGUAGCGUAGCUACGAGUCAUCCACACCCGCACGGACCAUCCUCUGCGUAUUCCCACACUCCGGCUGUUCCGGACACGCACAAUGCACAAGGAUAUCCAUACCAUUCACAACCGCAACAACAUUUCCAACACCACUCUCCUCCCGUGCCCUACAUUCACACGCAGCCCCCCUCGUACGCCCACGAGCAGUCCGCGUCCGGCGUCAACAAUCACCCACGUCCCGUGGCUGAGGGUUUUUAUCGAGACCACGAUCCCCGUUCCGCCCCGUCCGCACCCUUGCCGCCGCCUUCAAAUACUUACGGAGGGACGGGACACGUCGGUAACAGACCCGUGUAUCGUGCGUCACCACCAAUCGCUGGCGGCGGCAUCGGACCCCCGACCACGGCACGCCCUGCACAACUCCCCACUCUGUAUCCUCCGCACGCCCCACGAAUGGUCGUCACGCAACCACCACCGGUCGUACCGGUGUACGCCAAAAUACUCGUUACCGACCCACUCUGGUUGCAAUCCGCAGCGCGCUUCUUGGGGGGUGCCCCCUUUUGGAGUUACCAAAUUGUGGCGCAGCUGCUCCCUCCCGGGGACGUCAAUCCGCAGGUCUCUGCAGGGCACUGGCAAGUGAGACGUCGCUUUCGACACGUCGUCGCCUUGGAAGAUCGCCUCCGCCAAGAAUGCCCCGGGGCUAUCUUGCCCCCACGUCCCGACAAACACGCCGCGCGCGCCAUUGAAGAAGCCUCCACCCAACAAUCGGCCGAAUUCGCCUUGCUCCGGACGGCCGAGCUCCAAGUCUAUCUCAAUCAGCUAAUUACUCAUCCAAUCGUCGCGCGCUCCCAUACCCUCCGUCUCUUUUUGUCGCUUCAGGACGAUCUCGGCACGGCUUGGCCGGAAUGUUCCAACAACGCGUUGACGCGCCUCGCCAACGCCAGUGUCGGAGCCGCCGUCAAGGUAUCGGAACAGACCUCGGAACGCUUACAGGAACACGGGGAGGACGACGCCGAACUACUCGCCCUGCAGAGUGCCGAAUCGGUGCGCAUGGGUGCCGUCAUGCAAGCCGUCCCCAAGCUCGAAGGCGCCGUCACACUCUUGCGCGAAGGCGCCGAACUCUCCGGUGGCGUCGGGAUGGAAAUGUCCCGGCUCGCCAAGGAAGUCGUCAACACGGACCGGGAGUUAUCCCAACCCAUUGAUUUACUGAGCAGCGGUUUGUUGCGGUCCUCGCGCCGCUCGAAACGCACGGCGUUGGAGUUGUCGGCUGCCCUCAACGCGUUUACGCACCAGUACAAGACGUGUCGGUACGUUCGCAUGGCCUUGCAGGAUCGGCGUCACGCAAUUCAGAAACGAUACAAGGAACGGUCACGGGCGGAUCAGCGCGCGUCGCAAUUUUAUGCGCAACAACGCAACGCGGCCUACGGACAACAACCCUACGGGCAACAAUCACACCUUUACAAUGGUAUGGAUCCCAUGGAUGCCGUCCGGAUGGACGCCAUGGCCACCGAUACCGUUCAGGAAUGUGAGGAAAUCGGUCAACGACUCAAGUCCGAAAUCAAUCGUGUAGCGUACGAUCGACGCACAACUUGGAACCAGUCCGUCAAGGUCAUGGCGAGCGCCAUGAAGGAAGGUCUGAGCGAGCGGGUUGCGAUUUGGGAAUCCGUACAGCAAUCGUUUUUGCAAGCCUUUCCCGAAUACGAUCCGGAGCAGAACCAGCAGGGGAGCCGAACCUAG